UCCUGCAGGAGCUUCCGUGCGCUCUCGCAAUUUUUGAGGGAGGCACAGAGAGAGAGAGAGAGAGAGGGAGGGAGCGAGGGAGGGUGAGACAGACAGACAGACAGACGGAGCAGAGCGCGUUGCAGUUCCAUGAGCAGCAGCAUUCUGUUCGCCUUGAUCGGCUGGAGAUCCUCUUCUCGGGGAGUUGGCUGCUGCUAUAUAGCGGUCCAGUGGACAGGGGAAGGUUUGCUAGCUGACUCGAGGAAAUUGGCUCUUGCGCGAUUUGGGACAGCCGCGUUCUUCCUCCGGCGGAAUUGAGUUCAAAUUGGCGAUGCAGAAAGGUUUGAGCAAGGAGGAGGAAUAGAGAGAAGAGAGAGGAGAGAGAGGAGAAAGGAGGAGGAAGAGGGAGGAGUGUCAGAGUGGGCAGUGAGCUCUCUCUCUCUCGAGGAGGAGGAUCGGAAGGUUGCAGGGAGGGAGGGCAGGGGAGGGGAGGAGACGAGCGAGACGAGAAGAGAGUGGGGCAGGAGGGUGGACGAAAGGCUGGGGGGAGAGUUUGCUGCCACGGAUCGCAGAUAUUGUCACGCAUUUGGCGGGGACUGUCGGAAAGGCUCUACGGCAGGUGAUGCGUAGCGCCUGUUGUUGGAGUGGUUGAAGCAGGGCGUUGCGAAACCACCAACUGGCUUGCAUUCACAUUCAAUGCAAUUGACUUCUAUGACCGGUGCGUAGGCUCUCACAAGUGGUUGCCGGUCCCUCCGAUCUUGCACAGCUUCUCCUCUUCCUGCUUCAUGCACCUCGGACGUCUAGAGGUGUCAGACUGCGGCAGCCUCUUCCUCCUGAUCCGGGGACCGCAGGGGCAGAGAGUUUUGGUCACAGUCGAUGUAACAAACGCCGCGUGCAGCUCGCAUCCUGGUAAAUUGUGACAUACUGGAUGAGCUGUUGUCGGCGGUACGGCAUGUACAUGUAGAAGCUCUCUUGUGACUUUUGAGCUCGGCGGUCCUCUGGAUACUACACUCUCAUUGGAAAUCUCGCCACCCUAGAGAGGAUACGUCCGGAGCAAAUUGCCGGCAGUGGUGGCUCUCAAUUUGGAACCGGACAGCAGACUUGUGCAUUGCUGCAACUAAGUCAACCUUAGAAAGACAUGGAUGACGACCGUCAAAUGGGCGACCAAGUGAUUGAAUUCUCUCCGCUCGCUUGGUGAUCGCAGCCUCGUUGACAAUGGUUUGUCUCGGAAACGUACACAUCGAUUCUUUUAAGACAGACAAUUGCCAUCAUCUCUCUCUCUCGUCGCUAGGAAGGAAAGUGACACCGAUCUGCAUUCGGAGCUGAAAUAAUUGAGCUCUGUGAACGAAUUCCAAUUUGGACAAGCGAGCCGUUUUGAAUAUCGUAGUUGUUCGAGAUGGACGUCAUCAGCAGAGAUGCUAGAAUGCAGGCAUCCAGAGUUGAAGAAAGUCAGGCAAUUACUAAAGAAUCUAUCAGGCAGAUGCAAGAAUUCGUCGAUGGAGUCGAUCAAAAACUCCAGGCGUCCUACCGGAAUGUGCAUCAAGGUUAUCCAGAUGCUACUUUAGAGCGUUUUCUAAAAGCCCGAGAUGGAAAUGUCCAAAAGGCUAAUAAAAUGCUACUGGACUGUUUAAAUUGGAGAGUUUCCAACGAAAUCGACAAUAUUCUCGCAAAACCCAUAGAACCGAAGGGCUUAUAUGACAGUAUUCGAAAUUCUCAGCUUAUUGGAGUUUCAGGUUACUGCAGAAAGGGCCGUCCUGUGUACGCCAUCGGAGUGGGACUGAGUGGUUAUGAUAAAGCUCAGGUUGACAAAUACGUCCAAUCACAUAUUCAAAUUAAUGAAUACAGAGAUCGUGUUUUACUUCCAGAGGCCUCAAAAAGGCUUGGAAGACCGGUGGGUUCGUGUAUCAAGAUUCUGGACAUGACAGGCCUUAAAUUGUCAGCCUUGAGUCGCGUCAAGAUUCUUACUGUGAUAUCAACAGUAGACGACUUGAACUACCCAGAAAAGACUGAUACAUAUUACAUCGUCAAUGCGCCAUAUGUGUUUACUGCAUGCUGGAAGGCCGUAAAACCACUUUUACAAGAAAGAACAAAAAAGAAGGUGCAAGUCUUGAAAGGCUGCGGUCGAGAAGAGCUCCUAGAGGUAAUGGACUUGAGUGCAAUACCUUUGUUUGCCCGAGGAAACGGGACAAAGGACGUGAACGGUUCAAUGGGUACGUUGGAUUGCUUUUCACCAAACCACAAAUUCCACGUAGAUCUUUGGAAUUACAUGAAGGACCAAGCGGAAGCACUGGCUGCCGUUAGUGCACGACCUCAAGGAUCUGUACAUGUAACAGUUCCCUCUUGGGAGGAGCCGGAGGUGGGGGGCUCAGCAGAGGUCGUACACAUGAUAGAGGAAACUAUGGAAAAGCUUGCGGCGGAACAGAAUGGCAAGGACCCGGACCAGCUUCUGAAUGGUUUGUCAAGCUUGAAGAUGCAGGAUAUCCCAACAGGUCCUAAAAGGAGUGAAAGUUUGCCUAAUUUCCCGAACCAAGGCACAAGGUAUUAACAGUUGCCCGGGGUCGACAGCUAGCAGUCAUCCCCCUUGAUGAAUCUGGCUUCAAGGUUGCUCUCUCAAUCUGAUCUCGGCCGUCAUAGUGUGCUUUAGCUGUGUAUAUGCCCAUAUAUUACUAGUUUCAACUCUACACACUAUCCUUUAGAUGAAGUUCAACACCAUGCUUGUGCUGUAAACCCAUUUUUGUUCCCUUAGGAACUUGCUCCACUUACUGGAGAUGGUGAAUCUGUUACUGAGGUUCUGUGUAAAGACUGACGGAUCUUAGGUGUAGGGUCAAUAGGCCUCCUUGGGAUAUGGCAGGGUGAUGUCCCUCUCUGACCGAGACGUGUGACGUUUACUUAUAAAUCUUGCCCUUCCUUGGCUUGACAUGCGGCAGUCUGAGCUAAUGUGAAUGUUCAAAGAAAUGAGCAAAGCCCGAAUCCUGUGCCCUUUUUAGGUCGGGCACCAGAGGGCAGGAACUUAGCAAUAUUUGCAAAAGGAGUUGUCAUAUUUCCCAGUGCCAAGCAGGUUGGUCAUUUGUCCCAGUGCAUCUAUGCCCAGGACAAGCUCUGACUAGAUAGUGCCUCCAAAUUUGUUGCGAUACAAAUUGAAAGCGUAAAUGAAAUGUAUUAUGAGAGACGAGUAUGACUCUUUUAUUUCGCAUCAGACCACACUCUCCUAUUCCCCCGAACUGAAGAAGAAAGGUCGUCAUUUUUCUUCGGGAUCUGUUGUUCUGUUUAGGCCUACGCGACCAACCGAUGGGCGUUAUUCAUUUUCC